GGAUGAUAUAAGCCUCCACACCAAGGAUGCUUGAGACGCAGCCUUAGCUGAAAAUCAAUGGCGCUCAGCUGCAUUGUUCUCCCGAUAUGGUCAAAGUCGACUACAACUUAUUAAAUUACUCUUCAUGCUCUCUUCUUGUUUUAAGAUAAGAACCAAAGGCAAAUCCUCACUACUCUUUAAACCUGUAGUUCGAAUGCCCAUCGUAGCAAUAUUUGUACAAUGGACGCCCUAGGCCUAGUAUCGUCUAUAAUUGCAAUUACCGACCUUGCAACGAAAAUAACGACGGCUUUUUACAACGAAAUUACACUUGAUACUGUGGCUAAAGGACACCCAGACUCCCUGAUCAAUGAAUUUCCCACUUUAAUAGCUUUUCUGCAGGAUAUCAAAAAUUCAUUUCUCAACUCUAGAGAACCUCCUCCAGCUGCCGCUGAAGCUUCCAUGCGCAGCUGCGAGUCUCACAUGAUUCGGUUAGUCGAUGAACUUCACAAGCUAUAUGGUCCUGGCCUAGAUAGGAAAUUGACACUCUCCCGACGGUUACGUAUCUCAUCACGACAGAAGAUUUUGAAUAAUGAGUACCGUUCUUUCAGACAAUCGGUACUUCUUUUCAAGGAUGUCUGCUUAUUCUUCAAGAUUCAAGAACUCAAUAUCAAACAAGUCAGCGCGAAUGAAGUUAACGAACGAUCCAUACAGGAAGUGCAAUACCUUAAAUCAAUGCUAUUCGAAACGCAAAGAAUUUUGUAUGAUCAGUAUGGACAUGGAGAUAGACCUGACAAGCAACAUAUGCAGAAGACCAGCAACCAAUCUCAAAACAUAGCGCGACGUACACAUCAAUACCAAUCUGAUUGCGAAUACCAAGAUGGGAUUAAUGAUUCAUCACUACUACGUUUGCAGCUUGACCUUCAGUUCCAAUAUCCAGAUAAGACUGUUUUCACAGCAGUGAUCUGCCCAGAAGUUCAGGAUGACCAGCCACCAAAGAGGGUAGUCGCACGAGUGUUGCUGGACACUGGUUCCGAUGUAAAUAUCGUAUCCGAGAAAUAUCUCCAAGAAGUUGGUUUGAGUCAUCUAAUCACCGAGGUACCAGAGGACGAACAGGUUCAAAUGGGUGGUAUCGAAGAGCAAGGACCAGGUUGGAAAUUUACGAGAAAAUUUACAUCAAGAUUCUACCUGUACAGCAGCAUAACCACUGAGACUGCAGAAUUCUUUGUGACAAAGAGUUCCGACUGGGAUAUUCUCAUUAGCCAGAAACAGUACGCUAAAUUCGCAGCAAAAAAAGGCCCAGCCAGCAAAAAGCUCUUUUGGAUGUCUAAGAAAAAGCGAGAUCCGGCGAAAGAAGCUGAGCAGAGAGAAUUUGAGCGAAGUCGACAGGAGCUACUUAAGAAUCAUCGCCUCUUGUAUGAAGAAAGGGAAAAAGCCAAGCGGAUCAGCCAGCUAGAAAAUAGACAUCUGUUUGCAGCUGGUCGAGCAUGGACUGUGGACGACAACAGAAGAGCUAUCAUGCCUGCUUCGAUGUCUGGAGCAAGCGGUAGUGGGCAGGAAAAUUCGUCAAUUCAGAUGGACUCUAUCGACGAGCAGAGGUCAAUAAAAUUGAGAGAGACGUCGAUAAAAUCCGGUACUAUGCAAGAUGAUCCUGAAGAUGAUUUGAAAGAUAUCAACUAGGCUGAGUAGCGGAAUAGACAGAAAGACCACACAGCCAUAUCGUUAAAGCUCCAUGCAGAUACAGCAGAUUGGUUCUCUACUCUAACGACGCAAGUAUCAUUUUUGUGCAAUUUAAGCAAAGCAGAGGUUUUCUUUUGAUGAAGUCGCAUUUCGAAGGACGGAUCGCGGUACGGGUGUAUCAUGGACUGAAUCAUCUUGUAGCUUUCGCAACUUUAAGAUUUCGCCAUUUAGAGUUGAUGCUGCGCCAGAAGAAUCAUUCGACAUACAUUUACAGCAUCAUGAAGUAUUGCAGGAGUCGCUCUUCAAAUACAUUAUAAAGGAUAACGAGCUGGCUGCGAUGAGAUCGACGUCAGGGUAGAUCUGAGGUGGAUUGGAUCGCAAAGGAGUGAUCAAGCAAGGAGGUGUUGAAAAAUUGAAAAGGGGAACGACUAGCUUCUGCACGCACGCUUGAUGUAGUGGCCACUAAACUCGUGGGGUGUAAAGUACUACGACUGAAAUUAUAAUAAAUACAAAUCAAGAAUAUAUUA